AUGAAUACGGUUAUUUCUCAGGUUGAAAACGGGGAUCUGUCGUAUUGCUACCGCAAGGAAAUUAUUGUUCACGACGAGGAGACGCUCGACGACAAGGACACGGUACUUCCAGUGGAUAUUGACCCAAGUUGUCCAACGUGGUUGAACUUUACUGACAUAGGCACCACCAAUAAUUCAACUCCAAGUCCAAAUUCAAACCGGGAAGCUCAUUUUGCCCCUUCCGAUUCUGGCCAUACCCAACUCUACCAGAAUCACCGGGGCUUGCCCACGAUUCAAAGAAACAACAUAACCACGCGUGAGGAAAAACAUCAGCGGCCGCGGCCCCAUCCAUUGAAUUUGGGAAACAACUUGCACCACCAAGCAAACGAGAUGAUAGCUAUUCCGCCCGUUGUAGAGCGCAGCCAGCAGAGGAACAAUGAGCCCAAAUUUGCAUCGUCUCAAACAUUGUCGAGUGGAGCCCCCACCACCAGCAGAAAUUUCAAAACAAGCUCGAGGAUAUCGCCCGAAGCUCUACCGCACCACCUAAUUCGAGACGUUAAGUUCCAGUACCAACAGCACGUCAUUGAGUUUCUCAACUAUGUCAUUGGCAAAUAUAAGGAGUGGGAAGACUACAUUGAAGCCAGUAGUUUAUUUUGGAACGACUCGUACGAAGGAGGGUUGGUGCUACAUAACUUGGCCAAGAUCAGCGAAGGGUACCGGAAAAUGAUCUUGAGUGUGUUGAGAGCAUUGAGUGUCCACGCCGGUAUUGCAUUGAACCCCAUCAAUCUGCACAAGUCGCAAAAGGAACUUGAUAGCGACUUGAUCAAUUGCAACAUCUUCCAAUUUGUCUACAAUUGUUCGAUCGAGGAGAUCAACAUUGGAGACUUGAUCAACACCUCGUUGUUUUCAAACGAGUUCAAGUUUAACUUGAUGAGCUACUACUAUAAAUUGGACUUUCUCCUUAGCAAGCAAGUGCGAGACGCCAAGUGGCUCGCUAUUCCCAUGGAAAUCUGGUACAAGUUGCCCUCCUACAUCAAGCUCACGAGAGACCACUUGAAUGAAAUGGCCCAUAGGCGCAACUGCCAAGAUUUGGAAACUUGUCUCGUCAAGCUCAACUCGAUCACUUCCAAAUUGCCCCAGAUUGACGAAAUGAAGAAACGCAGCCCGGUUUCAGAUUGGAAGGAUUUGGAAAAGAUUAAUCUUCAGCUAGAGGCCAAGUUCCCCGAGUAUUGCCAUUUCAAGAAUUUCGACUACUCCAAGCUUUACAAUGCACAGCAAUUGGCCGAUUUCAAAGGAAACCCCUUGAGCUCCUCGACUGAUAAUGAUAUAACGCAUUCGAAAUAUAGAGUGAAACAGUUGGGCAAAGUCACCACCACCAGCGCACGUCUCGGCAGAAGAAAGACGUCAUCUUCGGCUGCUGCUGCUGCUGCUGGUUCUUCGACUUCUUCAUCGGUGUCGAGGGCAACUUCAUUAAAGUCGUCGUUUUCCAAUAUGGUAAAGAAACACAUUUCUUCUAAUGACACCGAUAAGCACACUCAACAAACAAAAUUGAAGAUCUCUGAGCCAUUGAGCGUGAGAAAAGAGGACUCGAGGGAACUGGUCAAGACACAUGGUGCUGCUCAAGAUAACGACAAACUGAGCAGUGCAAAUAAGCAAAAAACAAUGACGGAGCAAAUGAAGCUGGUGCUUCAGCAGCAAGAGUCUCUUGAUAAUAAUAAAGGUCAUCCGCCUCCGAGACAGCAGUCGUUACGCGAUCAACGCGGCCACCCACUCAAACCAACGGGGAAAGUUCCCGAUCUACCCUUGCCGAGCAAAACCAAAGACGUGCUCGCCUUAUCAACGUCAACUUCAAUUUCAACGUCAAAGUCAACCUCAACCUCAACUUCAGUUUCAACUUCAACGACUUCGAUACCCUUGAGAAAAUCAAAUGAGAAUCGGCAUCCCAAGGCGGGGCCGAGUUUGAGCACUCACAAACCGAUAACGUUGGUGGCACCCCACUUACAUAGCAACAAGCAGGUCGACACAUCGCAUCUUGAGCACCAGUUGAUGUGUCUACGGCAAUUGCGAGAAAAGUUGUUCAACUUGGGACCGCAGUUGAUUGAAUUUUUGAAUCUACAAUUGAGCUACUGCAAAUUGUGGCAGAAGUUUCUUGAAGAUGAAGAGAAACGGACGCAGGAUGAGCAGAAUGGCGUCAUUUCCGAUCUUGACCAAUUGUUGAAGACGCUCGAGAUGGAAGCUAGUCGAGACGAAUCGAGAAAAACAUUAGAUCCGCGUGCAGGGGCAUUUUCACUGCCUCCUGCUCCUCCACCUCCGCCGCCUCAACCACCAAAAUCUCAAGUUGGCAGCAAGAAGUUGAAACAGAACCCCUAUAUCCGAUCGAUAUACCAGUCAUUCAAUGAAAAACUCUGCGAUCAAAUCGAAUUCACAAAGUCAACCAUCAUAGUCCACGUCGCUGAUCGGUUGAUCAUUCCCAUUGAUGAAUGCUUAAAGCUAUGUCAGCAAGGUAAAGGCGACAGGCAAACGUUGGAUAAGUUUAUGGAGUUGAUUGUCAAGCAGUAUAACAAGUUGUAUUGCGAUUGGUUGGAAGGGAUGAUUGGGCCCAAGUCGAUCAAGGAGUACCAAGCACUAUGCGAGCGAAUCGAGUCCUUGCAAAGGGAAAGCGGAGUACAAAAUGGUACUACCGCAGCGAAAAUAGGUGGUGGCGAUGACAUUAUAGCGUAUUUCCAACAGUUGACAAAGUUGAAGAACUUGGUUUCCGGAUAA